AUGGAUAGGAUAAGUGGGCUGCCUGAUGAGCUACUCUUGAGAGUAUUGUCGUUACUACCUAAUGUGAAAGAUGUUGUUGUCACAAUGGUUUUGUCUAAACGAUGGCAGUUUCUUUGGAUGAUGGUGCCAAAACUUGUUUAUGAUGAUAGCUAUCAGAAUCUCGAGUAUGGAAAGUUUUCACGGUUUGUUGACAGAUCUUUGUUUAUGCGAAAGGCUCCAGGUAUAGAAACUUUGCAUUUCAAACUAGGUCAAAACUGUGGUAAUGGAGAUAUUCAAUGGUGGAUUAGAGCUGCUAGUAAAUUUUGUUUUCGUGAGCUGAUCAUCGAAAUCAACUGCUCUACUAGUGCAUCUCCAUCCAUACUUCCAAGGAGUUUGUACACAGAGUGUAGAAUGCUUGUGACGCUGAAACUAAAAAAAGCGGUUCUUGUAGAUGUUUCUUCACCGACGUGUUUUCCAUCCCUCAAAAAUUUGAGCCUUGUAUCUGUGAAGUACCCUGGUAAUGAAUUUGUCAAGAGUCUUUUAUCAAGUUGUCAUGUUCUUGAAGACUUGGUUGUGGAACAAUGUAUAAAUGAUAAUGUGACUAUCUUCUCCGUUAAAGUUCCUUCUCUAAAGAGUUUAGUCUUGCGUACAUCAAAAGAGAGAGCUCCAGAUGGGGAAAGUGGGUUUGUGGUAGAGGCCCCUUCUUUGGAAUACUUGGACAUUGAUCAAACGGGUGGGUUUUGUGUCAUUGAGAAUGGAAUGCCUAAUCUUGCUGAGGCAUAUGUUAGUGUUCUUCACCAUCAUCCAGUGAAGUUCCUGAGUUCUAUUACUUCAGUCAAGCGUCUCUAUUUAUGUUUAUUACCACACAGGAUAUGUAUCCUAUUAGAUGUGUCUUCCACCGUCUUGUACAUAUCACGCUAUGCACUUGUGACGAUGAGUGGUUGAAUCUACUUGCGUGUCUUCUCAAAGGUUCCCCUAAACUAAUAUCUCUCAAACUUGAAAAGCACCAUGGCCAUUUGAUUUGUUCACCAAGCCCUUUACGGGAUGAUCUGAGUUCAGUUCCUGAAUGUGUUUUAUCGAGUCUUGAAACCGUUGAAUGGGUUGACUAUGAAGGAACAGAAGCAGAGAGACAACUGGUAGAGUUUAUCUUGAGAAACGGAAGCUGUUUAAAAAAGUUCGUUAUCUCCCCCGAAUCCGUUAAUCCCGACAAAAAAUAUGAGAUGAUUUAGGAGCUGACGUUGUCGUGUAGGCGUUCACCCACCUGUCAGCUUGCAUUCGACUAAAGUCAGACAUGUUCAAUAGUGAACUUGCAUUUUGUUUGUUAGUCUUUGAUAUUAUAUGGUCUUUGCUUA